AGAGCUGGGGAGCUCCAUCAGUUGGAGGUGCCAGCAGAGUGUUCCCUUUCGGUUGCACCCGCUGCCUCUUUAUUCAGGAGAAACAGGAUUCCAGCACUGAGGGGCUGCAAAUCGUCUGCUAUCUUGUCAUUUCACCAGGGAGCAUCCUCCGGGCAUCAUGGCUUUGUUAACUCAUGCUGAUAAGAAGAAUAUCCAACACAUCUGGGCAAAGUUAUUUGAGAAUCCAGAAGAGAAUGGCAAAACAGUUGUGAUCAAACUCUUCAAAGAUUAUCCUGAGACAAAAGCAUACUUCAAGACCAUCCCGACUGAAGGCAACCUGCAGGAGGAUCCGCUGGUGCGUUUCCAUGGCCGGAGAGUCAUGGUUGCCCUCAACCAAGUGGUUGAAAACCUGGACAAUUGGAAGCAGGCCUGCAGGAUUCUGGACCGUCUAGCAGACAAGCACAAGAAUGUGCACCAAGUGCCAGCAAUGAAUUUCCAGAGCAUAUUUCAGGUGAUCCUAAGUGUCUGCAAAGACCUCCUAGGAAAUGAAUUCAGCAUCGACGUGUCCCUCUCCUGGGAGAAGCUCUUUGGUCUGCUCUCUGAACAAAUAAAUGCAUCUUACGUAAGCACUUCCAAGUCCUGACGUGGCCACAGGCACUCUAUAGCUAUGGAAGAGAGGAGACUAGUCUCUUUGUACUGUUCAUGUUGUUAUAAUAUAUAUAUAUGGAAAUAGUUCUAGAUGUGAUGGAAUAAAGGGAAGC